CGCCGAAAGUAGGUUAGACUACAGAGAGCAGCACAGACGCGAGAGGGAAAGAGAAGAGGGCAUCAUUUUAUUGCAUAGCUGACUGUGCGCGCAUUUACGCAGCAAAAAUAGGCUGUGAUGAAGCGGAAUUUACUCUAAACAACCGGAUGAGAAGAACAAGUAGGCAGUGCAAUAACUUAUGAGGUUUUAGUAGUUCUUUUCUUUUUGCAUCGCACUGUUUUUGGAGAUUUAAGAGUUUCUCUUUCGAGUUUUACUUUCGGCGCUGUGCAAAUGUGCCGGAGUUAUAUUAUUAUUCGCAGAUAAUAUACCGUCAAAAUGAGAGCUCAAAUCGAAGUAAUCCCAUGCAAGAUUUGCGGGGACAAAUCAUCAGGCAUCCACUAUGGGGUGAUCACUUGUGAAGGCUGCAAGGGCUUCUUCCGCCGAAGUCAGCAGAACAAUGCUAUGUACUCCUGCUCAAGGCAGAGGAACUGCAUUAUUGACCGAACGAAUCGCAACCGCUGCCAGCAUUGCCGCCUGCAGAAGUGUCUGGCACUGGGCAUGAGCCGCGAUGCGGUGAAGUUUGGCCGCAUGUCAAAAAAGCAGCGAGACAGUCUCUACGCCGAGGUUCAGAAGCACCAGCAGUCCCAGGAGCGAGCAGGGGGUCUUGUCAACGGUAUAUCCGGCCACACUGGUGACGAGUCUGGAGAGAACGGCAACGGUCACAGUCGGGCCUACAGUCGGGGCUCCAGCACCACCCUCAGCGAUCUGGAUGACAUAACCACACUACCAGACGGUCUCCUCUUUGACCUGCCGCUCACACCGGAGGAAGCUGCCGAUUACUGCAGUUUAGAGUUAUUGGGAGGAAGCGGCGGAAGCAGUUCGUCUUCCCAGAGUUCUCCUGAGUCAAACAGACAAGAGUUUGGUGACGUGACGCACAUCAAACACGAGUAUAUGAGCCCACACGACUCUGGACUCUUCACUCGCUCAAUACUUAAUCCACCUGAAGGCUGUUCGUUGAUGGAAAUAGAACGGAUCACACAAAAUGUGAUAAAAUCCCACAUUGAGACAAGUCAGUACAGCACAGAAGAACUGAAAAGAUUAGCCUGGACCCUCUACACACCUGAAGAGAUCCGUGUCUACCAAAACAAGCCCACAGAGAUGCUGUGGCAGCAGUGUGCUGUGCAACUCACCAACGCCAUUCAGUAUGUGGUGGAGUUUGCCAAGCGAAUCUCUGGAUUCAUGGACUUGUCUCAAAAUGACCAGAUUAUCCUUCUAAAAGCAGGCUGCUUGGACGUGCUUUUGAUCCGAAUGUGUCGGGCCUACAACCCCAUCAACAACACGCUGUUGUUCGAUGGAAAGUUUGCAAGCCCACAGCUGUUCAAAGCACUCGGUUGUGAUGAUCUUGUGAGCGCUGUGUUUGAGAUGGCUAAAACCCUCAGUCGGCUGCAGCUGUCGGAAGAAGAGAUGGCUCUAUUUACUGCUACUGUGCUUCUGUCUCCAGACCGACCUUGGUUGACAGAUGCCCAGAAAGUGCAGAAGCUUCAGGAGAAGGUCUAUGUUGCUUUGCAACACUAUCUUCAUAAAAGCGGUGUCCAUGAGGAGAAACUGGCCAAGAUGGUCUCCAAGUUACCCAUGAUGAAGUCUAUUUGCAAUCUCCAUAUUGAUAAGCUGGAGUUUUUCCGCCUCCUUCACCCAGAAACAGCCUACAACUUCCCUGCUCUCUACAGAGAGGUUUUCUGCAGCGAGAUCACCUUCCCAGACUCCACCGAGGGCUAACAUUUCUGAAAGUGUCAUAUUGGCUUAGAGGAAAGAAAGAGGUAGAAAGAGUUAAAGAAAGACAGGAAUGGAGGUAGAUGGAUAUGUGUUUGAGAAAAACCAGCAACACACUGACAAUCUUGCACGUUACACUUUAGGACUCCAUCUAUAACCUCUCUCCUGAUGGAGUGAUUCACUCCUCUAUUUCAACAGGACCCAGAUUUCUUCUAAGAUGCUGUUAAAUGACAGCUGUCUAAGGUGCUGGCUACUAUUACUCACGCUACCUACAUAUAAUGACUCAAGUAGAGUAAAUUAUAUAUUUAAUAAUUCUUUAUAAAGAGUACUCGAUUUAACUCGGAGCUUUAGGACUCCCUAAAACAUUAAGUGCUUGAAAAGUCAGCAUUUCCCUGCACCAGUUUCAAAAGUACUCUUAGGAAGAGAACUAUGAAUGUAACCCAACUGACAUGUGGCAAAGCCUCAGGAUUAAGACAGAAUGUAUUAUGAAUUCCUGCCCCAAAUGUAAAACAAGCUCUUAAUGCUUGGUUUCUGUUAAUAAACAGUUUUGAAACUGUUUAAAGGGACCAAUGCUUGCAUGCCUGCAGUCGUAAAUGUCACAUGAGCACCUUUUCACGGAACAAACACUAACGUAAAGUGCACCACAUGUGCAGCGAUGUUUUGUUUUUGAGUUUAAAAGAUGCAACUAAGCUAACCAACACCUCAUCCUUUUACCCCUUUCCCACACACUUGGAUGCCACUUGGAUACAGAUAUUAGAUGAUAUUUUGAUAUCCUUAUUUGAUCAGAAACUACAUGUGCGUAGGACGAUAAAUGUAUCUGAGAAUAUAUUUAUAAACAGAGCCUGUAGAUAGCGUAUGUCGGUGGAGGACUAGUUAGAUAGAAAGUUGCACCUUAGUGCGAAUGUUUUUUAAGCCCCUUCAGGAGUGAAUUCUGGGCUGGAGUUGUAAUGCUGAUUUCGAAAGCUUUAGAUCUUCAGUAGAUGCAGGUGGACAGCACUUAAAUACUCCAACAUAAAAGGACUUUGCUGGAGAAAGACUUUUCUGUUGCCCCAUAAUCAGAUGGCGAAAAGACAAUGCCACUAUGUGGGAGACUGAAGUCCGACUAUUUGAGUGUGUGGCACACCACUCAAAUGACUGCUGGGAUCAGGAAAACACAAAAAAACAUGGAAGUGGAUGGAAGGAACCAUAUUUUUAUAGAGACAACUGACAACUGGGCUUGCCGACAGUCACGAGGACACAAUGGAAAUAUGAUUAUUUGGACUUUUUUUUUCUGCUUCGGCUGUGAGGAUAAGUGGAAUCGCAGGCCAUACCUCAUGCAUAGUGUCUGAUGUGGGGAUCAGUGUUGUGUUGCUGUGUGAUUACCCCCUCCCUCAUCCCUUUACCUUUAGUGUUCACAUAUAGCACAACUAUUGACAGAGCCAUCAGCUACCCCCCUGAGUUUGGGAAACAGUUAGUUUGUGUUUCAAAAUGUUAAGUACAAAUGGAGCAAAAACAUUGCUAGUUACACAGA